AUGGCUAAUUCGACAGGUGAUGGAAAUAAUUUAACGGUGUCAUCGAAUGAUGUUAUAACUAAAGAACCAAACUCAUUUGUUUAUCAAGAUUUAGUUCUUCAUGUUCAAACAAUUCAGCAUCAAAUGAUGAAUAUCACAAAAUAUCUUGAUGAUCAAUGCAUAAAUCAAAAGAACAUACAAAAGGAAUUACAAUCACGAUCGUUAACAUUAAUUGAUCCAUAUGGAAAUCCAAUAACUAAUAAAUAUAUGGAUCAUGAAUUGAUUAGUACAUUAUUUAAAAAAUACAAGAAGAAUUAUGUACCUAAAUAUCUACAACAAUGGAUCAAAAUUGGAACAAUACAUCAAGAUAUUAUUUCUCGAUUGGAUGAAUCUUAUUUGAAAUUAUCUGUCUCUGAAUAUCCAGAUGGUUAUCAAUUUAUUACACAUGGUGAAUUGAAUAUCUUGAUAGAAUAUCGUGAAGAUAUAGCACCUGAACAAUUGGUACUACAUGUUCUCGUAACGGAUACUAUUGAGAAGGUUAAAAUGCGAAUACAAAAACUUCGAAAACUGCCGAAUAUUGAAUUAAAAUCAUUCAUAGCAGAUCAAGGUUCUCAAAUGACUAGACAAAAUUGGAAUGAAGGUCGAACAUUGAAAUUAAAUGAAACUGUCUUGUCAUCAAAAUUAUACGAAGAUAAUUGUAUUAUAGUAAUAAAAAUUUUCCAAGAAAAAACUGCUACUGAACAGUCUAUUUCUGAUUUCAAAAUAUUUAUGCAAACUCUUACUGGAAAACAAAUUCCCCUCGACGUCAACGCCUACAUGGAGAUAGCUACUAUCAAAAAAAUGGUACAAAAUUCAGAAGGUAUUCCUCCUGAUCAACAACGUUUUAUAUUUGCUGGAAAGCAACUCGAAGACGACAGAACUCUAUCAGACUAUCACAUACAUAGAGAAUCUACGAUUCAUAUAGUACUACGAUUACGUGGUGGAAUGUUUCAUAUUACGAGUGGUCGACAAGAUUUUAGCAAUGUGCCAGAUGCAGCAGCCGAAGCCAUAAAAAAUGUUUUGGUAUUUGAAUUUCAACAUGUGAAUCAUCCUGAACGUUUACCAGCAGCUGAACUACAAAAUUCUGUUUUACAAGGACAACUUCUUCUUUCAAAACUAAUGAAUGAAAUGCAAAGUAUCUCUUUACAUCAUGAUCUUCCAAAUGUGAAAGAUAUUAUAUUAUCGAAUAUUGAUGAUAAUCAAGAUGAAAAUGAUAUUGAAGAAGAAGAUGAUGAUGAUGAACAUGAUGUACUUCAAGAUUUACUUAUGAAAGAAGAACAAAUAAGACUUAGUCGAGAAACUCAACAAUUAUUAUCAAGUAUUGAAGAUCGAAAAGAUAUGGAUUGGAUGGAUGUUAUAGCUGAUUUACAAACGAAUUUAAUUAAAGAAGCAAUUGGUCAAGAUGCAACAGAAGAUGAAAUUCAAUGUGGUUUAAGAAUAUUUCGCAGUGCUCAUCAAUUAUAUUCAAAUGAUAAUAAAUUUCAUAAUUUAUCUCUUUAUGUUCGACAUAAUCGUGCAAAACAAGGAAAUCUUCGUAUUGGAGACUCGGCAAUUGAUAUUCAAUUAUUGAAUAUGAAUGGUGAAUUUGUAUCAUUAUUAUCUUAUUUUCAUUCAAAUCGACCAUUAUUAAUCAUAGCUGGUUCAUAUACUUGA